ACCGGCCGCGGGGCUGGCGGAGAGGGGCGCCCCCGAGCAGCCCGGCCCGGGGGGCUGCUGGCCACUGCGGGGCUACCGCUAGCCACUGCGGGGCUACCGCUAGCCACUGCGGGGCUGGGGCCGGAGAGCCCCCCGCCCGCCCUGCCCACCCAGCCCCGCGGAGGGAUGGGGAGGAGACCCGGGCCGGGCACUCGCGGGGGCAGCGCCCAGCCCGGCUCCCGCCGCUGAGCACCGCAGCAGCGCCGAACCGAGCCGAACCGAGCCGAACCGAGCCGCCCCCCGCCCGGCCGGGCCCCCCGGGCAUCGCCCCUUUGUCUGCGGAGGAGGCGAGGCGGGGGCGCUGCGGGAGCGGAGCCGCCGCCCCGCGCCCUGCCAGUGCCUGGAAGAGGGAGCCCGCUGCGAGCCGAUCCCCGCGCGCUCCCCACAGAGCGGCAGGAUGGCGGAGAAGGGCAUGGAUCCCGCGUGCGUCUCCAUCGCCCUGGAGGACACGGUGUGCCACGCCGGCCCCCCGGACGCCCCGCUGCUCACCACCCACUUGAAGAAGGUGGAGAACCACAUCACGGAGGCGCAGAGGUUUUCCCACCUCCCGAAGCGCUCGGCUGUCAACAUCGAGUUCAUCGACCUGUCCUACUCCGUGCGGGAGGGAUCCUGGUGGAGGAAGAGAGGGUACAAGACUCUCCUCAAAUGCCUGUCAGGGAAGUUCUGCCAGCGGGAGCUCAUUGGGAUCAUGGGCCCCUCGGGAGCUGGGAAAUCCACACUAAUGAACAUCCUGGCUGGCUACAGGGAGACUGGCAUGAAGGGGCAGAUCCUGGUGAACGGGCGGCCGCGGGACCUGCGCACCUUCCGCAAGAUGUCCUGCUACAUCAUGCAGGACGACAUGCUCCUGCCACACCUCACCGUGCUCGAGGCCAUGAUGGUCUCUGCUAACCUGAAGCUGAGCGAGAAGCAGGAGGUGAAGAAGGAACUGGUGAAUGAGAUCCUGACGGCCCUGGGGCUGCUGGAGUGCUCGUACACCCGCACCAGCUCCCUGUCGGGGGGCCAGCGCAAGCGCCUGGCCAUCGCCCUGGAGCUGGUCAACAACCCGCCCGUCAUGUUCUUCGAUGAGCCCACCAGCGGUCUGGACAGUGCCUCCUGCUUCCAGGUGGUGUCCCUGAUGCGCUCCCUGGCUCAGGGUGGGCGCACCAUCAUCUGCACCAUCCACCAGCCCAGCGCCAAGCUCUUCGAGAUGUUCGACAAGCUCUACAUCCUGAGCCAGGGCCAGUGCAUCUUCAAGGGCGUCGUGACCAACCUCAUCCCCUACCUGAAGGGCCUCGGCCUCCACUGCCCCACAUACCACAACCCCGCUGACUUCAUCAUCGAGGUGGCCUCAGGGGAGUACGGGGACCUCAACCCCGUCCUGUUCCGCGCCGUCCAGAAUGGGAUGUGCACCAUGGCCGAGAAGAAGAGCAGCCCUGACAAGGCAGAUCCGUCGUGCCCAACGUGUGGGACGGACGUGGAUCACAUCGAGAGCCACACGUUUGCCACCAGCACCUCAACUCAGUUCUGCAUCCUCUUCAAGAGAACCUUCGUCUGCAUCCUAAGGGACACGGUGCUGACCCACCUGCGGUUCAUGUCCCACAUCUGCAUCGGGGUGCUCAUCGGGCUGCUCUACCUGCACAUCGGCAACGACGCGGGCAAGGUCUUCAACAACACCGGCUUCCUCUUCUUCUCCAUGCUCUUCCUCAUGUUCGCCGCCCUCAUGCCCACCAUCCUCACCUUCCCCCAGGAGAUGACCGUAUUCCUGAGGGAGCACUUGAACUACUGGUACAGCCUCAAAGCCUAUUACCUGGCCAAGACCAUGGCAGAUGUGCCCUUCCAGGUGAUCUGCCCCAUCGCCUACUGCAGCAUCGUGUACUGGAUGACGGGCCAGCCCCCCGAGGCCACGCGCUUCCUGCUCUUCUCCGCCCUGGCCACCGCCACGGCCCUGGUGGCCCAGUCCCUCGGGCUUCUCAUCGGAGCUGCUUCCACUUCCCUGCAGGUGGCCACCUUUGUGGGACCCGUCACUGCCAUCCCCGUGCUGCUCUUCUCGGGCUUCUUCGUCAGCUUCAAGACCAUCCCCACCUACCUGCAGUGGAGCUCCUACGUCUCCUAUGUCAGGUAUGGCUUCGAGGGGGUCAUCCUCACCAUCUACGCCAUGGAGCGCGAGGACCUGGAGUGCCUCGAGGACUUCUGCCCUUUCCAAAAGCCCAUCAGGAUCCUGCAGGAGCUGGACGUGGAGGAGGCCAAGCUCUACCUGGACUUCCUCAUCCUGGGCAUCUUCUUCGUCAUCCUGCGGCUCCUGGCUUACCUGGUCCUCAGGUACAAGGUCAAAUCUGAGAGAUAAAGGGGCCGUGGGGCCCCGGUGCCGUUCCCGGGCCUGGCCUGCUGUGAGAGAUGUUCUGCAGAUGGACACGGUGCUCCUGCAGGUCCCGGACCGUGGCGGAGGCACUGGGAGGUGCCAGCCAGGCCUGGCUCAGUCGAGAAGGGUUUUGAGACAUCUCGGAACUGUUUUAACCUUUCCACACACUCUUCAUUGCAAAACGUUUUGUACAGCCCUGGCAUGUGCCACUCUCCCCCCCCAGGACUGACGAGCCCCACAGAGCUUGGGUCCCCUCUUGUCCCUGCCUGGCGCUGCCCUGGGGACACCAGGGACAGUCCAGCCCAGGCGGUUUGUGCCGAGCACGGCUGGGAGGAGCCUGCUCCGUGCAGGGGCAGCAGCAGGCUGGGGCUGGGCUGGGAGGACAGAGCUGCAGAGUUGGAAGUGCAGCUCACGGCCCCGUUCCUCGUCCUGGCCAGCAGCGUGUGAGUCAGUGCUGAGAAGAGCCCAAAGAUGCCGUAGGUGAAGUUGCACAAGGCUUUAGAGUUUCCUGUCGCUGUAGCCACAGAGAUUGCUGCAUCCCCUUUUCCUUUCUGCGCAAAUCCUCCUUCUUUUUUUCCCUUUUUUCUUUGUUUUUCCCCCCACAAACCCCACUGCAUCCCAGUCUUCAUGGAGGGGAAAGGGAGCAAACAGGCAGAGGAGGACUUGGGGCUCUGUCUCAGACUCCUGCUGGGACAUCAUCCUCAGAGAUGGGAUCUUCAAAGCAGGGUCUGUGGGAGCAGGACAAUGUUCUCAGACCUUAGGGAGUGUCACAUUCAGUCCCUGUUGUCUCUGGGGUCUGAGAUGAGAGGGUCUGAGCCAAAUCAACCAACACGGAGAGAAGUGACUGGUCCCUUGCAUGGAGCAAGGAGGAUUUGGGUUCCCACCCCCUGCCCGUGCCAGGAGGCUGAAAAGCCAGGGCUGGGCUCAGCUGUGUCAUCACUGGAGGCUCUGCUGCAGGAGGAGAGCUGGCCCUGAGCCCUUCCCCUGCAACCUCUCUCCCCCAGCUCCACUGGGGCUGUCUCAGCAGGACAGGGCGGACAAGCCUCGCUCAGCACCGACUGUGCAAGGAGGGGACGCCAAGGACACCUGGCCUGUCACAGUGCCACCCCCCCCCAGGGUGACACUGUGCAGAAGGGCGUGCCAGAGUCCCUGAACUGGAAACCAGGUGAGAUCCCAGACUGGUUGGUUUGCAGCGGGCGACCCGGACACUGGGAAGGCCUUUGCACUUAGUGACUGGUACCCGGAGAAGGUCCCUUUUGGCACGUGUCUCUGGUGGCUGCUCCAAAGUCCCACACCUUGCAGAGGGAAGGCAACUCAGCUCCUUGUGGCUCUCCAGAGGAAGCCAGCUGAGCCCAGAGCUGCUGGGGCAUCUGCACCUGCUGCUGUGCUGGGAACGCAGCACCCUGCUUGCCUGCACAGCACAGGCUCCGUGGGUGCGCUGGCACUGCUGCCACCGGGCUGCACGUGUCACCCACAGACGUGGGAACCAACAGGAGUUUUGGCAAGCAUGGACGUGGGGGAGGCAGCCCUGCCCCACCCUGCCAGGCUGGCCCUGGUUCAGGUCAGCCUGGGGAUCCUGCUCCUGGCACUCUGAGCAGCCAGGGCUUGCAGGGCAAAUGCCAGAUUCCAGCAGAAUCCUGGAGACUGAUCUUUGCUUUGGCUGGCCUGGGCUGGGGCUGCACAGCAGUCUGGCUGGUCUGACACUGAUGCUGGGCUCUCAGCAAAGCUGAGUUUCCCCUACCUAGGGGCAUCGAGGAAUGUUUGGCCAUGGGGCUCUCCUGCACCGAGGGUCUGGAAGCAGGACACACCCUGCUGCCCUUUCCACGCUGAGCAUCAGGGUUUUCCAGGGGCUAUUGUCUGACUUUUCACUGUCCCUCACAAAAUUCCCCUCUGCUCCUGGCUCUCCCUUCAGUGCCGUGCUCUGCAGUGGAGCUGUGCCAGCUGGAGGGCUGCAGUGCUGCCAACCACAGCCACAAGGGCACGGAGGAGUGGGGGACAGUCCCUGUGCCUGCUCUGUCACGAGGUGCACGGAUGGGCUGGGGGAUGUGGGGCUGUCACCCUUCUCCAUCUCUUGUCCCUGGAGCUGAUGGGACUGAUGCCCUGCUUCUGUCCUGCUCUUGGGCUGGGACUAGUCCGUGCUCUGCUGGGCUGAGGCUUUUCCCUGGAUGGAUCCCGAGAUGCAGGAGGUGUCAGUGGGGCAGCUUUGCACAGCUCCUGCUUCCCCCCUGGCACUUGGGGCUCUCGUGGUGGGUCCUGGGGGUGCUGCUGUCCCCAGCACACCUGGACAGCCCUGUCAGGGCCACCACUGCUCCCAGCAGGACCAGGACAAGAUGGACUAGUGUGUGGAGCAAAGGGGCUACCUGGAGGCACCAGUGACUGCCACUGGCCAUGUCCCCCACGCACAGGGAAGGCUUUGUUGACCAGGCUCUGCUGCUUGCAGAAAAACCUCAUGGAACAGGCUUCCCCAGCUCGGAGCAACACUGCCAGGGCAGGUGGCUCCCACUGCUGGGCCCAGCCUGCCUGGGAUGGGGCAACUGGCAGCACCCCCGGGAUGGCCAGGAGGGCUCAGCACUGCCUGUGCCUCCUGUGCCCAUGAGUUGCAGUGUCCCAGCUGCUCAGGUGUGUGGCCGCUGCGGGGCAGAGGGCCAGGACAAACCCCAGAGCUGCAGGAUGGCUGUCCCCGAGCUGGGCAAGGGUUCUGGGGAGUGGGGGUGAUGGGGCAGGCCGCUCGUCCCCGGGGCAGCGGGACACAGGUGAAUGUGUUGGUAUGAAGGGGCUGAUGAGCGAGGGAAGUGGCACAGGGCAAAGGCACCCUCACUGCUGCCUGAGGAACUGAGCCGAGGUGACCUUUCCCCCUCUUCAAGGACAGUCCCAGAGGUGGUGGAAGGUGCAGGGAAAUGCAAGUUUGCACUGAGCCCCCCGGCUGGCGUGGCUGGGCUGGGCUGAGCACCCCGGGGUUUAUUGCCUGGGUGGUCCCUGCCCUGCAGGAGCAGGACAGGAGGGGUUUUCUCUGCCCAGGCAUGGCAGAGGGAUGGGGUGCAGCCAUCCUGCUCCAGGGGGCCCUUAGGGAAGCAGCAAGGAUGCACUUUAUCAGAGCAGGGAAGCGGAGCUGUGGCUGCUCCUGGCUGCAGGAAUGCCAAGAGAGAACGCGUCUGGAUAAUCACGAGGAGUGUGAUGGAGGAGAGCAGGCUUCUUCCCCCACACCUCCUCUCCUCUCCUGACCUGCCUUCCCCCGUGAUGCACUUUGAGUGGAUGAGGGUGGGGUUCAAGCUGUGGCUCUGGCUCCUUGGGAACAUCAGCUGAGCCACCAAAAACUGCUUCAGCCCCUUUGGCCCAUGGCUGUAUGAGGUUCUGCCUCUCACGGGUGCUGUGAUGGCAGGCAGGCAGGGGUAUGGCCACUCACCUCCAUGCAUGUCCAGGCCACCUUUGUCACACGCACAAGAAGAGCAAAUGCUUCAUCACCUGGCUGGGGUUUGCUGGAGGGGAGACUGGGCUAGAACAGGGAGGGGAUGGGGCUUCUCCCAGGGUUUCACCCUCUCCCAAAUCAGGCAAUAAAACGGUGUUUCCUUCUCACUGUGUGUGGACACCAUUUGUCCUGUCCCUCUGCCACGGGCUCUGUGUGUGUGUGUCCCUGCCACGCUGGAGCCUGAGCUUUUCCAGCCUUUGCCAGGUCAGGACACACGAGGCUGGACAGCGGGGGCACAUGUCAUCCAGGGGGGCAGCACGCAGAGAAGUGCAGGCAUUGAAACUCACAUUUCCACAAGACCACAGGUGUGAGCUGCUUUCUCCCUGGGACAGCUUGCCAAAAUAAGACGCAGGUAACAGCUGAAAGGCCGAGGGAGUCUGCUGGCACAGCUCUGUUGUGGCAGCUGCUCCGGGUGGCAUUUGCCCAGGUCUUUCUGCCCUGCUGGGAGGAGGCUGUGAAGCAGGAGCAGGGCACUGCUGCCCACAGCUGCAGCCUGGCAGGAACCAGGCGGGGUGGUGGCAAGGCCCUGGGCUCUCCAGGCUGGGCUGCACACGCAGGUAAGUGCCCCGCAGGGACGGGGUGCCAGGUGCCAGCUUGCUGCUCACCAGUGCCCAGAGGGUCCCGGGAGGCGUUGGGCAGGAGGAGAUGUUGCGGUUUGUGUCGGUGUUUCCGAGAUGCCAGCUGUACUUGUUGGAUUUCACACAUCAAUAAAACUUAUAUUUAUAGCGUA